GACUAAAUCCCCAAUUUCUUUCGGAACACAACACGUUCCCAAUCGAACUCAUCGUCCACGGCGAGAUUGCGUAUUGCGUGGUUUGCCUCCUCGUCCUCCUUCCUCAUCCCAAUUCCGGCUCCUCCCUCACGUCUCCGGCGGGACCGGCCGACCGAUCGAUCGGACCUAGGCGGCGAUGGCGCUGGCCGCGGCGGCGCACAAGAUCCCGCUGGAGGUGGCCCACACCCUCGUCGAGAUCGCCGAGGUCGCGCGCUACGCCUACGUGCACCGCCCCGGCCACCACCCGGCCCAAGACGGCGCCCCGCCCACACCACCCGUGGGCUCUGAUGACGGGUGCGCCGCCGAUGAGGCCGCGCGGCUGCGGGAGGAGAACGCCAUGCUCCGCGCCCUCCUUGCCGACGACCUCGCCCUCCUCCGCGAGCUCCACGGCGCGCCCUGCGUCUCCCAGGAGUGCCCUCCCGAUCUAUACAAUCGACUGCUAGCAGCGGUCAACAAUGUUAGCUUCCUUGCUCAUCUUGCAAAACUACAGGCUGAGUUGACGUGUCAAGAUACUGAACUAUCUUCUGGCAAUAUGAAAGAGGUGGAAGUUGGAGACAUUCCGGACAACAUGGGUAAUGGGAAGAAAGGAUCAUGGGUCUUGGUUGCUUGUGAUACUGCUAGGGCUAAUUUGGAGGAAAUUAGUGGAAUUGAUGAUGAAAAUUAUGUGAUAAUCAAUGAAGACGACAUAGUCGAUGGUAUUGCCACAUUUGUUGCUAGGUGCAUUCUUGAAGAUCCAAAGUCCAAGUCGUUAUCGCCAGCGGAACUCCAAAAUGCUGUUGCAAAGGCAUUAGAUAGCAUAAAAGCUCGGUGGAGAUGGUCGACUCUUUGGGAGGCUGGACAAGUUAUUUAUAUCUUGGCUACUUGGGGAAUCACAUUAGCAGGGUUGUACAAGAGUCGCCAUGUCCUGAAGGUGGCAGCUAAGGGUGCUGCCGUGUCUGCCAGAUUUGUUAUGAAGGCAUUCUGAAUGCAAAAGCGCCUGGUAUCAUGAUCAUGUGAAAUGAUCAGCAGGUUGUAAAAUGUAAAUACAAAACUAACAUCAGCUGUACAUAUGCGAUUGCAACUUGUUUUAUGAUGAACUAUGACUGUUCAGAAGUGA